AAGUUUGAAGAGUUGAGAAAGAGAGACCGAGUAUGGCUAUGGCUCUCCGAGUUAGACGCCUGAAAGAAGCUUAUAGGCUGCUCCCUCUUCUUUCUGCUGGAAACAUGUAUAAUCUACUCGGAAAAGAUGACAUUUUGUUGCCGCCUCUUUUGAAUUGUUCGAAAAAUUUACGUGCAGACAUCAAUACAAUGUGCCUUUAUAGAUGCCAUCAGGAUCAUAGUCUCUUUCAGGUAUUCAACUAUAUCAGAAGCUGUGUCAGAGCCUCUUGUCCAACUCGAUUUCCCCUCCUUCAUUAAGUCUACUAUUGAUGAACCUGAAGUCUAUCUUCCUUACCAACAUAUCUGUCAGAAGAUCACUUACAAGUGUUAGGACUUCUAGUUCGCACCACCAUCAAAGCUCCUUGAGUAGCAUCAUGAUUGCUUCAGUAACAUUGCAAAGACCAUCAUGUCUUCCGCAUCAUGACUGCUUCAGUAACAUCACAAAGACCAUCAUGUCUUCCGUGUUGUUUUCUCUUCCAUCAGUUAAAAAUUAGCAACAGUUGAAUCUAUUGCAAGAUUUCCCAAGCAAGCAAGGCCCUUCUCAUUGUUGGUUCAAUGGAACUCCGGAUAAGAAGUCUCUGAAAGAUGGCAUUUUCUUAGUGCUCAUUGCUGGAUUCUUAGAUGGUUCCUCAAUCACGGAGGCAAACUUUGCUAGCAUGCUUGAGAAAGUAAAGUUUCUCCAGGAUAGAUAUCCUUUCCUUCAAAUAAUUGGUUUCCAGGAUACGAAGAUCCCACUUUGUUCAAGUGAUAUUUGCACACAUCUGCUUCGGAGAACCUUGAAAGAAUACAUUGCCUUUCCUAUUCUGGUAGCUAACAAGAAUGUUAUAGAGAUUGCUUCCGAGGCCUGCUAUAUCUUGUUUAAUGGUUCUGAAAGUUCUUCAACCUAUUAUGGGAAGGAAGCAGAUAUUGUGAUUCUAGACAAAGCAAUCAAGGAUUUCAGAGCACAAGAGAGUGAGACCCCCAAGAUCAUGCAUAAUCUGACAAGCACAUGGGUAAAGCCAACUGAUGACUUCAAGGAACCACCUCUCUGUUUUCCCUUGAGAAACCUGCUUCUUUACUUUCCAGGUGGCAUUUCAGUUGAUGAGAGUGGCAAUCGCCUUUUCCUCUCUGACUCCAAUCACCACAGAGUUAUUGUACUUGAUGGCAAUGGGAAGAUCUUAGACUCUAUUGGUUCUUCCCCUGGUCAUGAGGAUGGAGAAUUUGAAUCAGCAAAGUUAAGGCGUCCAGCAGCUUCUUUUUAUCAUGCCGCUGAGGACUGUCUAUAUCUUGUGGACUCGGAGAAUCAUGCUAUUAGGAGAGCUGAUAUGGGGAGGAGGGUUGUGGACACGUUUUACCCAAAAAGCAAAUCAAAUAAAGAUAGCAGUAUAUGGAGCUGGAUAUUGGGAAAGCUUUGGCCUAGAAAUGAUCUAGCUGCACAGUCUGAGGAAUUGAAUCCAGAUGCAUUGCUGUUUCCAUGGCACAUUCUGGAAUCUCCAAACGGCGAUCUCCUCAUUUUUAACCGCAGCUGUGAGACGUUGUGGAUCAUGGAUUUAGCCUCAGGCUUGAUCAGAGAGGUUAUUAAAGGAUUUUCCAAUAUUUUGGAGAUCUGUGAGCCAUUGAUCCUGGAGAAGUCGAUGCUUUUGAAUCAAAUACCUAAUGAUUGGUUGCAGCAGCAAGUGGAUGCACAUUGCUCAUCAAAGAAAAUUCCAUAUGUUCAUUUUAUAUCAUCUGUGGUAACUUUUCAGGAUCAGAUACUCAUUUGUGAUACAGUUGGUCAAACGGUAUUAAAACUCAAUAGGAACUCGAGUUCUCUAUCAAGCUUCCAGUUUUCUAAUUUGGGGAUCCUUGGGUUUCCUUACUGGUCCUCAUCUCCUCUGGAACGAGUAUGUGCUGCUGAUGCAGCAUUGGCAGAAAAUUCUAUUGAUCACAUAGAGUCUUUCAACUUGUUGCCAGGCAAAAUUGACAUACAACUGAAGGUGGAUAUUCCAGAAUAUGUUGAUCUAAUUGAACCAUUGGGUGAAAGUUGUAUAUGGAGGCAAACUAGAGGGGCAGCAACUGAAAUAUCCAAGGCAGAUAGCACGAUUACAUCUUCAGAGAAGGUUGGUAUUGCCCAGCAAUGGUAUGAUGAAAUCGACCACCUAGCCUUUUCAACAUCAGAAAUUGAAGCAACCAUAGAAGAGGCUACGAUGAGCUGUGGUGAGGAAAUUCCAGAAGGGAAAGUUGAGAUAAGUUGCUCCGUUAACUCAAGUCCUGGAACAAGUGAGGUUAUCAUUAGUGCUGCACUAUAUCUGAGACUGAAAAAGGAUUCAGAUGGCCGUAGUGACAGUAGACAACGGAAAGCAGACAGGAUAGCAGAUCUGCUAAACCCUGGGACAAUGGUAAGCAGAGAUGUAAUUCUUCAGUUCUUGCUUGCAUCAAAAAGAGAUUUAGAAGAAAUCAUCAUAACAAGACCUGUACAUGUGAGACUCAAGUUUGAAUGUCCAAACCAUCCAAAGGCAGAUAAUUCCAAAGAUAUAAUUUUGACGGACACCUCUUUAAAUGUGAAUGUUGCUCUAAAGUAAACCUUUAAUAGUAUAGUAUUAUGACUCUUGAAGAUAUUCGUGGCUCAUAAUGGUUUUGUAUGAAUAAGUGCCUUUGCUGUUCUAUUUAUCAUUGUGUUCUUAGAGAAUUCAUAGUUCUACGUUGGAAAAACCUUCCAGUUUCUAAUUGUUCAUGUUUCCUAUAUAAUUUUAGAACUUUUGACCUGUUGAUACUACUAGUUAUUUUGGUGAAUGUGGAAAA